UCCAUCUGGCAAGAGUACGCGAACUCCUUAAGAAUAUUUUGUAGCACGGCAGCCUUGGCGUUGUUUUGACAUGACGCAGCCUGCGCACCGUCACUAUCAGCCACUUGAUGGUAGUUCCGGUUCCGUUUCAAGUGACUCACCUUUUCAGUCACUGAUACGUACUUUAUCUUGUGUGGCAACUACUGCUUUUCUAGUGAUCUGUCUAUACCAUAUUCCCACAAUGGCGUCAAUCUCCACAAAUCCACCAACUAUUGCUGAUCAAGCUAAAGCUGCAGCUGCACUUCAAAAAUUUUCAGUUACAUUAUUUCAGGCUGUAGGAAAGCAAUAUGCCCCAACAGACAAUGUUUUUAUUUCUCCUUUUAGUGUUGCUGCUGUUUUGAGUAUGGUAGGAGUAGGUGCCAGAGACAAUACAGCUUUGCAAUUAAAAAAGUCAAUGGGACUUACAAAUUUUGAAAAGGAAAAUGAAAAUAGUGAUAGAAUAAUAGGCAGCCUCAUUCAAAGCAUGAAGGGCGACGGAAAUUUCACUCUCGAAGCUGCUAAUCAGUUGUACGUGGCCGAUAAGUAUCAGCUACUUGACGAUUUCCAGCGAAAUUUAAAAGAAAAUUAUGGAGCGGAAGGGCAGAGCGUUGAUUUUGCUGUCGAUGCGUCUCGUGUGAAAAUCAACCAGUGGGUGGAAGAAUUUACACAACACAAAAUUAAGGAUCUUCUCCCUGAAGGAUCCGUCAAUUAUUUGACCAAACUUGUGCUGGUCAAUGCCAUAUACUUCAAAGGAAAUUGGAUGCGGAAAUUCGAUUCAACUCUGACUUUAAUGGAGCCUUUUUAUAUCGGAUCCAAAGAUAAAAAGAUUGAUGUUAAUAUGAUGCAUAUUGAUGCCGAUUUUCGAAGUGGAUACAUUGAGAGUCUGGAUGCUCGUAUGUUGGAGCUACCUUAUGUGGGCCGCAAAUUGAGCAUGUUUAUCGUUCUCCCGAACAAAGUCGACGGGUUGCCGGAAUUGGAAGCCAAAUUGCAUGAAACUUCUUUGGAUGAUUCCAAUGUGGAAAUGCGUAGUGCUAAACUUCAUGUUUCUCUACCAAAAUUCAAACUAGAAGCGGACGUUAAACUAAAGGAUAUUCUAAUCAGCAUGGGGAUAUCAGAUAUCUUUGACGAGAAAUCUGCUGAUUUUUCGGGUAUAUCCGGAGAGAAAGACCUUUACGUCUCCAAUAUAUUCCACAAGUCAUUCAUUGAUGUCAACGAAGAAGGAAGUGAAGCUGCAGCGGCUACAGGUGCCGUUAUGAUGACACGUAUGAUGAUGCUACCCGUGGAACCACCUGCACCGUUCGUCGCUGAUCACCCUUUUUAUUACUUCAUCCGCGACAAUACAACUAAAAUGAUCCUAUUUUCUGGACGUUUGGCUCAGCCUCCAUCCAGUUAAAUUCUUUUAGUCAUUUGGCAGUUAUGGCCUUAUUCUAAACUUUUAUGCACGCGUGAAAAUCAACAAAGCUGCACACUGUAUUACAUACAUUCCUUUGGAAUGUGAAUGCUUACGAUUUCCUAAUAAUCCUAUAGUCCUAUGUAAUCCAUUUAAUCCCAAA